ACACGGCGGCCAGGCUCCCUCCAGCCGCGCCCCGCCAGGCCCCGCCGAGCGCCGCGAUCAGCACCCGGGACAGCGCCGCCGCCCUCCUGCCGGGGCGGGGUCCGCGCGCGACGGGCGCCUGGGCCUCUGGGGGGUCCCGUCCAGCCGCGAAACAGGUAGGAGCCGCCGGCACCCGCUCCCGCGGCCCCGUGCGCACUCCCGACCCUGGCUAGAGCCUGAGACGGGAAGGCUGGGAUCGAGAGACCCGAGACAGUGGGGGGCUAGGGCGCCUGGGUGCCCCCGCAGGGAGGACCGUGGGACGCCGCCGCCAUGUUCCCGGAGCCCCCGACCCCGGGGCCUGCAACGCCCGACGCGCCUCCGGACUCCAGUCGCAUCAGCCACGGCCCGGUGCCCCCCUGGGCCCUGGCCACAGUCGUGCUGGUCUCGGGCCUCCUCGUCUCCACCUGCUGUUUCUGCCUCUUCCGGAAGCGCUGUCGGAGUCGAGCGGGCAAGAAGAGACAGGCGGAAGCCCAGGUCUACCUGCAGGAAGUGAAGGAGCUGGGCCGGAGUUACCUAGACAAGGUGCAGCCAGAGGUGGAGGAGCUGGAGCCGGCCCUGUCUGGAGCAGGGCAGCAGGUGGCAGAGAAGCAUGACCUAGGACGGCUGCAGUACUCCUUGGAUUACGAUUUCCAGACUGGCCAGCUGCUGGUGGGCAUCCUGCAAGCCAAGGGCUUAGCGGCCUUGGACCUGGGUGGCUCCUCGGACCCCUACGUGAGGGUGCACCUGCUGCCCGACAAGCGGAGGCGGCACGAGACCAAGGUGCACCGGCAGACGCUGAACCCGCACUUCGGGGAGACCUUCGCCUUCAAGGUCCCCUACGUGGAGCUGGGGGGCAGGGUACUGGUCAUGGCGGUGUUCGACUACGACCGCUUCUCCCGCAACGACGCCAUCGGGGAGGUGCGGGUCCCCAUGAGCUCCGUGGACUUGGGGCGGCCGCUGCUGGCCUGGCGGGACCUGCAGGCGGCUGCGCGGGAGGAGCAGGAGAAGCUGGGGGACAUCUGCUUCUCCCUCCGCUACGUCCCCACGGCCGGGAAGCUCACUGUCAUCGUCCUGGAGGCUAAAAACCUGAAGAAGAUGGACGUAGGGGGGUUGUCAGACCCCUAUGUCAAGGUUCACCUGCUGCAGGGGGGCAAAAAGGUCCGGAAGAAGAAAACCACCAUCAAGAAGAACACGCUGAACCCCUAUUACAACGAGUCCUUCAGCUUCGAGGUGGCCUGCGACCAGGUGCAGAAGGUACAGGUGGAGCUGACCGUGCUGGACUACGACAAGCUGGGCAAGAACGAGGCCAUCGGGCGGGUGGCGGUGGGCUCGGCCGCCGGUGGGGCGGGCCUGCGGCACUGGGCGGACAUGCUGGCUAACCCCCGGCGGCCCAUCGCCCAGUGGCACUCACUGCGGCCCCCUGACCGGGCCAGGCUGCUUCCGGUGCCCUGAUCCCCAGCCCACGGCCCGGACCAGUCCCGGACUCCGGCCCCUGACCCUGGGCACCUGGCCCUGGCCGAGGCCCGGACCGGCCUUUAAGCCUUCUCUGACCGCCAGCUCCCUGCCCCUGCCCCCGCCCCAGUCACCUGACCCACUCCUGACUUCUCACCCCCAACUAUGCCAAUCAUGAUGACUUGCCAACUGCCCCCCACCCCCACCCAUACAUGCACACAUACCCAGAGGCCCCAGGGACCCUGGGGGAUGGGGGAGCAGUCUGGUCUCCCCCUUUCCCAGGACCCCAUACUCUGCCUUGACAAUCAGUGACCCCAUCUUCCAGUCCCCUUACCUCCAUACUCCCACCUCCUUCACAGGGUCGCGAGUUUCUGUUCCCAGUCUGAACCCUGCACUGGGACCAAUAAAUACUCCGCAGCUCUG